UUAUAUACUAAAAAUCAAUGCAAGUUAAAUAAACACAGUACAAAAUUUUGGAGUGAUGCCAUUUAUGUCAAAAUCUUGGAAGUAGCAACAGAAUCAGUUCAAUAUGCAACGCGUUAGUGGCAGGAGACUUAGGAAGGCCUAUACUGAUGAAGAUGGAAUGGCCAUUGAGGAGUUCAGAGAAUGUGGUGAACAGAUAAUUGACUUAAUACGUGAUUAUAUAGAGCAUAUCAACUUACUGAAAGCACGAUCAGACAAAAAGCCUUUCUACCUUCAGCCACUUAUGCCAGACCAUGCUCCUGAGAAACCAGACGAUUGGGAUUCAAUAAUGUCAGAUUUUGAAGAUCAUAUAUUGCCUGGUGUGAACCAUGUAAACCAUCCAUGUUGUUUCUCUUAUACUCCUGCAGCAAAUUCAUAUCCUGCAAUUCUUGGUGACAUGUUAUCCAGUUCCAUAGCAUGCCAUAAUUUUUCAUGGUUUUCAAGUCCAGCCGCCACUGAAUUGGAGAUGGUAGCUUUGGAUUGGUAUGCUAAAGCAAUAAAUCUACCAAAAACAUUCUUUCAUUCAUUUACAAGGAGCAAAGGUGGAGGAUGUAUUCAGAUGUGUCUCCUAUUACCCGGAAGGCAUAGCCUUGAGACACACUUUUGCUUUCUUCACAGCUUCUACAGUAUAUAUACCUGCCAUAAAGUUCUGAUUUCAGACAAAGAAUUUGAAAAACAAAUAAAUUAG